AUGGCCGAGGAAGCCAUUGCUGCUGGAGGUGUAAUGGAUGUUAGUACUGCUCUACAAGAGGUGCUGAAGACUGCCCUAACCCACGAUGGUUUAGCACGUGGCCUACCCAAAGCUGCCAAAACCUUAGAUGAGUGCCACGACCAUCUUUGUGUGCUUGCACCCAGCUGUGAUGAGCCUAUGUAUGUUGAGUUUCUGAAGGCACAUUGUGCUGAGCACCAAAUCCACGUAAUUCAGGUUGGUGACAACAGGAGACUAGGGGGAUGGACAGGCCUCUGUGGAACUGAUCAAGACGGGAAGCCAUGGAUAGUGGUUGGUUGCAGUUGUGUAGUGGUUAAGGAUUAUGGCAAAGAAUCUCAGGUCAAGGUUGUCAGCAAAGACUACUUCAACGCAAGAAAUGAAUAA